AUGCAGUGGUUCAAGGUCGUGCUGCUCACUGCGCUCACAAUCUCGCUGGUCUUCCAGUUGUUCAGUGUCAUCACAGUGCCGAUCACGUCCAACAUCUUCAUCGCACAGUACAAGGGCUACCGGUUUGGCGUGUUUGGAUGGUGCAAACUCAAGGCCUCGGUGUGCUCCCAGAUUCGCAUGGGCUACGCGUUGCAAGAUAUCAUGCUGAUAAAUGAUAACGAGUACUUGCAUUUGCCCACCAACGCAAAAUACGCUCUCUCGAAGCUUUUGCUCGUGCACGCGAUAUCGCUCGUGUGUGUCUUCAUGCUCUGGCUUGCAUCGAUAGUGAUAUGCGUGUUCUGGCUGCGCGUCUCCAAGAAUGUCCUGUUCGGCGCAGUGCUGUGGUCCAUGGUUACGUUCAUGGUUUCGCUGCUGGCGUUUUUGAUCGACGUGCUCAUGUUCGGCUCGUACGUGACGUGGGCGAGCUGGCUCAUGCUCGUCAGCGCGUUUUUCGUUGCCCUCAGCGGGCUCAUGAUAUGUCUGCUGAUCAGAGAGCUGCCGUACAAGCGCUUCGUCAAGUUGCAAAAAGAAGUAGAGAUCGACGUCCCUAUGCGUAAAAGGGCCGGUUCCGAGGAAGCGUGGGUCUCAUAA